GUUCGCAGCUGGGCAGCCGUACUAGGAAACCCACGACCAGAGAGCGAAAUAUGUGUGAAAAUUCGGUUUUUGACAUGUCUUUACAAGACAGCAAAGCUGCGUAUGUGCUCAGCAAUGUCGCUGAAGUGGUUGAGCGGAUUCUCACCUUCGUACCGACCAAAUCACUUCUACGGAUCGCAAGUGUGUGCAGGCUGUGGAGGAACUGUGCCCGCAGGGUGCUGAGGACUCAGCAGCAGCUGACCUGGGUGUCAGCCAGUGGGUUUUCCAACAGUGAGGUUCAUGCUCUCUGCAGCAUCUUGGCCGAGGAGGUGGAGAAAGUAUUUCUCCUGCCCAAAACCGUUCUAGCAAUGGUAGACUGUGAGACCUUCUGGGGAGCUUAUUGCAACAGGCAAAAUAAAGCAAAGAAGAGUCGCAACAGUCCAGACACUGAAGAAAUAAACCUGCUUUUCCCGAAAGGCUGUGACAUCAUGGGCAUUACUACACCAGGCAUAGUCUUGACUCCCAGUGGCUCUUGCUCCAACCCUCCCCAGGAAUACCAGGAAGGGGAGGCAGGCUUUGCAAUAAUGUUCCCCAGCAUGGAUGGUGUCCACAUCAAGCCCUUUCAUUUUUGCAAGAAGUCCAUCUCCCCAACAGCACUGAAAGAAGCAGGACUUGUUGACAACCCAGAGCUGCGUGUGGUACUAUUGUUUGUCUAUGAGGCAUAUAAAUCUGGGCCUUUCCUCAACCAGAUACUGGAGCCUCUGGCCAAGAGCAAAGCUCUCAUCGCUGGAGGACUGGUAGAAAGUGUCUUUUCUCCUGCCAGACACUGCUGUAGCCAAGGUGCAUAUGGUGUGGUGGGCCUGGCCCUGAGUGGCCCUAAGGUGCAGGGGGCAUCUGUGCUCUUGGAACAAGACGUAAGCAACUCAAAGACGGCUGAAGCCACGAUCCGGAGGCUGAAGGCAGCCAAAAUUCCUGAGAGGAACACCUUAGGGUUCAUGUUCGCAUGUGUGGGGAGAGGCCAGCAUUACUACAACAACCAGACCAACGUGGAGGCUGACGCCUUCCGCAAGGUGUUCCCCAACACCCCGCUCUUUGGCCUGUUUGGCAACGGUGAAAUCGGCUGCGACCGAAUUGUUAAAGAUGACUACACGCUGUGCGACUCUGACAUUGACGGUCUGCAGCAUGAGUACACGACAGUCAUGACCUUGGUCCACCUAGGUUGACUGACCCACAAUGACAAUGGCAGGAACAAAGAAGACCCAUCAUGAUCUUUUUUGGAACAGCAGUCGGGAACUACAGAUAUUCUGUGCAGCGUGUUACUCGAAUCACAACUCAGAAUAUUGCUGUCACCAUUUCUGCUCCUAAAGCAGGAAAAUGAUCCCUUCAGCCAUUAAUAUAAUGGCAAGAUUAGGGAAAUUAUAUCUGUUGGAGCCUGUGUGUAAACACAGAUUUAUAUUAAAACUAGUGCGUCUCACAAAGUAAAGAUAGGACAAUACUGAUCAUCUCUUUUAACAUUCAAUUGUGAUAUAGCGCUCUUAAAAAAAUAUGUGUAAAAUAUGUGUAUAUAUUUUCCCCCAAUUUCUGCACACAUUCAAGGCAUAUCUUACCCCCUGACAUCAACCUUUUGGUCUGUUUGCUUUGCAGAUAAGUAAAUUAUUCACACUUGUGUCCCAAGCUAUUGUUAAAGUUGUUGAUUCAGCAAAGGCACUUUUUAUUCAUGUAAGUAAGAGGAGUGAGGUCCUUUUUCCACAGAAUCAAGACGAUCUUGAUUUAAAUGAUGAAUGGUAAUAUAAUGGUAAUAUAAGUUUGACACUUUUGUCUUACCAUUGUAAAAAAUAAACCUUGUUAGCCUGCAAAUUAAUAGCAUUAGGCAACAUGUCUAUCUACCUUAUUUUAGUUGGACACAGGGAAGCCAGUCAAAAUUUUGGAGUGCCUCUUUUUAUUCACAUGAUUUAUCUACUACUACCUACUAACUGUUAAAUGGUUGGGCUUAAUGGUCACUUCAUCUCUGUAGCUUCUGCAGCUUAAAAAGAAAAAAAAACAUUCAUUCUAAAAACUAGAACCUCUGUUUCAUCCACCUUACUCAGCUUUUCUACAAUUGACUGAAUUUAGGAGACAGUUGUUAGUAUUUGGAAACUGAAGAUGAACCGUCCAAGAUCUGAACAUUUUGAUUUGAUAUUAAAGAAUAAGUUCUUGGUAUUCUUUCCUGAAUAAAUAGGAAAAGUUUUAUUUGAAAUCUUGAUAGUAUUGUCUGAGACUAACUACGUAGUUGCACACAUGUAAAAGCUGUCAAAAUCUAACAGAUGCCUUUUGUGAAUCUGUGUCUGACCAAAUCCAUUGAAUGCUACAGUUCAUAUCUAGAUGAUUUUCUAGAUGGCCCUGUCAUUCAUUUACAUUUGUUUUUUUCCUCACUAUCAAGAAUAUCCUGAUAUGAUAACGGUAACAUUUCCAGUGUAUGUAUGUUUAUUGGUCAUGUAGUUGCAGUUAUGUUGAAAAUAGCUGAUGUAAUUUCAGCUUUUCCAUAAAAGGUAGUUGCAAGGCUGUUUUCUUUUCUUGAGAGCUCUAAUAUUUUUCUUUCUAAGGAAUUAAUUAGACGUUAUUUGCCAAGAGUAUCUUCCUCCUUUGUAUCGUAAUCAUAUUACACACAUCUCCCUUUAUAGUUACUGAAGAGGAAAUGUAGGCUACCUGUAUUUUAAGUUAGUGUUGUUAAUGGCUCAUUGAGCAAAAUUGUUUUGGUGUUAAUGCACUUUUCUACAGGAUGUGCCAAAUCAUAUCUACUUUGCUCCUUUUCAUCAAUAAAUCAAA